AUGAGUAAAUAUUGUUACAGUGCAUACCUAAAGGAUGACUUUGCCGUUCUACCAUAUUUGGAAGCAGGCUUCAACAGAGUAAUGGUUGAAACACUAGGGUCCACCGCGUGGUGCGCUGAAGUACUGCAAGCUCGGUCAGCAGCGGCAAGUGCGCGGGCGCAGGUCGCCGCCGUCACUGCUCUCGCAGCUGCUGCAGAUCGCUGCAGGGACCUCGUUGCCGUCACUGAUGACCAGCAGAGGGUGCUUCUCACAAAUAAGUCCUGGUGCCGGGUCGUCGGAUGGAGGCCUGAUGAAGGGCCGCGAUCUUUUGCGGAAACCAUCGGAGGCGAAGGCCUACGGCUGGCCACUAGUGGAGCUAGGGACUGGGACGCACCUGUUAUGCUCAGGCGGAGGGCGUCUCCGGACCCCGUUCUGUUGGCCUGCAAAGGGGCUGCUGUAUCACUGACACGAAGUACAUCUCACAUAGUUUUCGUCUGCGAACCCAGUAACAUACCGGAAGUCGAGCGAGGCCGUGGUUCACUGCACUCCAUCAGACGCGGAUCUCUUGAUGUACGAUCUGUGGCGUCUGACGGGUUAAGACGAACAUCGCUGGCUAAACUUCAAGGCCUGCCUUUAGAAGCUCCUAUAACAAAGGUGAUAUCCCUUCUGUCUACCGCAACAGAAGGUGCUCCACCCUCAACAGUGGCGUGCAUAGAGCGCGCAGUUGACAUGUUGAGGACUUCAGAACUGUACUCCCCUCAGAUGAGAGAAGAUCCCAAAAUGCGGGCAGAAGACCCCAUCGCCACGGAUCUCAUUGGAGCUUUGCUUUCGCGGGAGCAAGCGAACGCAAACCUUAUUUAUAUGGGAACAUCCAACGUGUUGUCAUCGCGACGAAGUAGCAAUGACUCAACAGUAAUUAGGUCGCAGACAAAUAGGAGCAACUUAAAACAUAAGACAUCAGGACAACUCAGGGAGAUCCUAGAUACAGCCUUAUGUUGGGACUUUGAGAUAUUCCAUUUAGAAGAUUUGACCCGUGGAAGGCCGUUGACGCAUCUUGGCCUGACCUUGAUGGGAGGAAGGUUCGACGUCUGCGCUGCUCUCGAAUGCGACGAGAGGACCCUGCUUCAUUGGCUGACAAUCAUUGAGACAAAUUACCACGCAGUUAAUACGUACCAUAACUCUACACAUGCUGCAGAUGUCUUGCAGGCCGUGGCAUGCUUUAUAGAGAAGGACCGCCUAAAGAACCUCCUGGAACCUCUCGAAGCCGCAGCUGCCCUGAUCUCUGCAGCGGCCCACGAUAUUGACCACCCUGGGACCUCGUCAGCCUUUCUCUGCAACGCUCGCCAUUCGCUCGCCAUACUCUACAAUGACGUCGCUGUGCUUGAGUCUCAUCAUGCUGCUCUUACUUUUAAACUCACUCUUAAUGACGAUCGCGUGAACAUAUUCAAGAAUCUCGACCGUGACACGUUCAAGUCAGUACGGCACAACGUCAUCGACAUGAUUUUGGCCACGGAGAUGACCAAGCACUUUGAGCACUUGGCCAAGUUUGUCAACGUCUUCUACGCGAAGAGCACUGGUAGCAAAGAGGACGUAAUGCACACUGACGAACCACUAUCAUUGGACACAACGGCUCUGACGUCACAGGAAAACGUGAUCUUGGUGAAGAGGAUGAUGAUCAAAUGCGCGGACGUAUCUAAUGCUUCACGACCUCAAAAGUUUGCGUUCGAAUGGGCCAGAAGGAUAGCAGAGGAGUACUUCCUCCAAACAGACGAGGAGAAGGCGAAAGAGCUCCCAGUGGUUAUGCCUAUGUUUGAUCGCGCCAGUUGCUCCAUCCCGCGCUCUCAGAUCGGAUUCAUAGACUAUAUUAUAAUUGACAUGAUGGAGGCAUGGUCUGCCUUCAUCGACAUGCCAGAGUUGGUGACGCAUGCCCGCAAUAACCACCAACGCUGGCGGGAGUUGGACGAAGCUGGUGUCACCACCAUCGCUGAUGUUAAACGCGCUCAAAGACAAGCUUUGCCUCCUUCCACCUCACAGCCCACUGCCGAAGAGUAA